CCAAGCAAGCUUGUGGGCUUGUGGCCCUCCGAACUUCACUCUCGGAGAGUCCGUGUCAUAGCUCGGACGGUCUCCUUGGUGGCUCUUGGCUCGAACAGAGGAAGUCGGUCUCAUCCUUGGCACCAUGAAAACGGUGGCUCUCUUCCUGGCGGCUCUGGCCGGUUUGUGUACCGGCCUGCAGCCGGGCCUGCAAUACCACUACCGGUACAGCGGACGGGUGGCGACCGGUAUCAUGGAAUCAAGACAUCAGGUCUCAGGCGCUGGUAUACAAGCAGACGUCGAGGUCCAGGUGGCUGAAGACUACACAGCUCUUUUCCAGUUCAGUCAUGUCCAAGUGGGCAACAUCCACGAUGAAUUGCACUGUGACAAGAGAGCUCCUCUGCCCAUCGAGUACCAUCGACUGGAAAUUGGGGUGGCGUUGCUGGAAAAGCCUUUCAAGGUUAAGAUCGACCAAAAUAAGAAACCUUUCUUCUUCGAAUUCUUGGAAGUACCAGUAGAACCAGCGUGGAUCACUAACAUAAGGAAAUCAAUUGUCAACAUCUUCAGGAUAGCUCCUUUCGGGCAACAACAGUCUGAAACAGCAGAACCUCGUCCCGAUGUGAUCACUCAGCUCAAUUUCGGCGUCAUAGAGGAAACUCUGGUGGGACGUUGCACUAACUGGUAUGGCAUUCAAAAGUUCGCUGAGGAUGAGACCAACAUCUACAACAGAGACCACGAGAUCGAGGGCGACGUGCAGAGAGAGGGCGCUGAGUCUGACAGUUAUACUGGAGCCAAGGGUCAGAAGGGAGCCAAGGGGCAGAAGACUUCCAAAACGCCUUCCAAAACUGCUUCCAAAACGGCUUCCAAGACCGCUUCGAAGACUUCCAAAACUUCCCCUGGCAGAUACACGGCGGGAGGACCACCCAUCAGCACCACCCUUUGGCAUGUCAAGAAAACGGUCGACUUCGAAAUGUGCGAAUACGCCGUCUCUAUGCAGGCAAACGUCCGUCCCGAUGAAUUGGACCACCUGCAACGGUCUUCGAUUGGAACGUUUAUUAUUCGGGGAGAUUCAAAUGCCAUGAGGAACUCUUGUCAUCGGCUUUAUCGAAGACCUCAGCCACCGAAUGCCCAGAAAUCCUACCCAAACUGUCAACAUCGCAGAUGAAAUGAACCGCAUAGUCGAAGGAGUUUCCAUCUUGUACACCGAAGGGCUAACUGAGAUCCACAACAAAUACAAGGCAGAAAAACCAACGGAAUUCAACAUUAAACUGCACAUCUUCUACCAAGCCCUGGUCUCUUCCGCGACGGAACCUUCUAUCCAACUUCUGCUGACUCUGAUACCCCAGGAGAACUUCAGAAACUUGUACGGGGAUAUCGUCUACAGCUUCUUCAGCAGCCUCCCAAAGACGACCGUCAGCCCAACGCUCAUCCCGAAGAUUAUGGAAGUGGUCAUGCAGUUACCAUGGCCAGCUAACGCGAAAGCUGACAAGAGCGUGGCCCUGAUCGCCUUCUCGAAAUUGGUCGGCCACAUGUGCUUCCACUCGGACAAGAGAGCCUAUUUCUGGGAGGACACCUGCGAGAAGGAGCACAUCUGUGAUCUAGUGACUGUCUCCAACAUCUUCAUUCCUUACCUGCGACGGGGAAUAGAGGAUCAAGCGUCUCCUAUUUGGCAACGCAUCAUCUACCUGCAAGCUAUAAUAAACCUGAGGACUCCAUUCACUUUGGACACUCUGAGGCCUUACAUUUUGGGAACUAAAUUCUACAACACCCUCUUCAGAGUCAAUGCCAUGUGGGGACUCUGUGCCACACGUCUACCCGCUUUGGCUGAAGCAGAGGUCAUGUUUAUGAUGAUGCCGAUCUUUGAGAACAUCAAAGAAUCCAACGACAUCAGGAGCAUAGCCUUCCUUGUCAUGGCCAGCUGGCAAAGGAACCCCUCCUGGUGGAGCAGGAUGGCACACGCCACCUGGAAUGAUCCUUCCAGGAAAGUAGCGAACCUCAUCUCCACGACGAUUAAGACAUCAGCUCACAUGAAAGAUGGAGGAUUGUUGGCAAAGGUAACGGCAAAGGUAGAACACUGAUUAAGCCAGCGGCUCCCAGCCUCGCUCUCCAAAUCUAUGAACUACUUCUUCACGGAAUAUCUCCAUUCCAGCAGGCUGAACAAACCCAUUUCGUUUGCCUGGUUGGCCAGCUCGGAGUCCAUCAUCCCAGACAAAGUCGGCAUCAAACUCAGUGGCACCGUUCUCUUCGGAUUCCCGAAUGAGUUCUUGAUGGAAGCCAACAUGGUCCUGGGGCGGAACAUCUUCCGUAAUCUCGCCAGCCUAUAUCGUCCAAGCUCCUCAAAAGCGACCCAAGACGCCAUUGACAUCGUUAUGGAAAUGUAUGAUGGACUGAAAGAAAAGCUUGGUUUCCAGCCUGUAACAGGACCGGAGGCCGCUUUGAUCUUGAGCUUCCAGAGGGAUAUGUUUUUCAUAUUGGGGUCUGAAGACCAGUGGAAGCUUCUGCCUUUACCACAGCGUGCCUUAAACACUCCGCAUUACACAAGAAAUCGUGAGGCCUUCAUCACUUUCCCUACAGACAUAGGCCUGCCCUUCGUCGUAUGGCACACCAUUGAAUCCGGUUGGUGGAUCGAGGUCAGCAAGCUUCCGGGAGCGACGUUUGGAAAGAGCAGCGCCAAAGUGACAGUCGACGCAAGUUCGUCGUUCCUGGUAGAAAUUAUGACUCUGGUCCCCUGGUCCAAGAACUUUGCCGUGGGAGUCACUACCAAGGCUGACGCGUCUGUCCUUCUUCCGUUCCAAGUCCAUUUCACCCUCAAUCCCAAGGUCAAGGAAGUCCAAGUCACCCUUGAACCCAUCACAGACGACAAGGUUCACCUGCUGGAAGCUCAUAACAAUCCUUACACAGUGCUUUAUGGAAGCUUCCCAACGAACGUCCGCUUCCAGACAAACGUGUACAAGGAGAUUCAGAAGCUCGAGGACUGCCUCUAUCACGACAAGUUCCAAGUCUUGCCGUCUGUCGCAGGACUUUCUGUGGAGCUGGAAUGGGAAGGAGACAAGCGCAAUCCAUUCACCAUCUGGAGUCUCUUGAAGGGUCAAUACUUCCGAAGUGUGAACACCAUCAAGAAAUGGGAAAUGCAUUUGUUGUACGACCCUGAGAAUUCGGACACAAAAUCAGUUACCAUCACGCUGACUUACGUCUCAACCGACAAGACCUCAGGAAGUGUUGUGGAUGGCGAGCAGACUACAGGACAGGACUACUCUGAUUACACCCAGUUCUCUCAGUCAUCUUCCGGUUUCGAUUACUCUCAGCUCUCUCAGUCCUCCUCCUCAGAAGUACAGCAAUUCGGUGGAGACGCUGACGAAUUUGUUCAACAACACAGUGCUACCCGAGCUCGCAUCGCUAAACUUCAACAGGAAGUUGUUCCUGCCACAGGAGGCCACGUCCGUAGCGUCAGCAUCGACUUCGAUCUCCAUGGAAGCACUAAUCAGAAGUACGCGCUGUUGGCCACCUGGGCAGUUGGUGCUUCUUCCUCAAAGUACCACAACAAACUCCAGAUCACAUGGAUAAAGGAUGUCCCAGAGGGCACUCUUGGAGAACCCCAUUCUACUUGCCUCAAUUUGAAGGUGGCGAAGCCUUCCUUCCAACCUUUCGCGACCGCCGAGGAAGUGCUGGCAACUAACUUCCACUCCACCUUCUCGAUUGAUCUCCAUGAGGGAAUUGACUGUAAUUUGCCACCUAUUCUGGACAUUGAGGGCACCAUGGACAUCAGCCCUGAGCAAAUGGAAGAGGCGAGAAAGAAGCUUUCCACGGAAGAAUGCAACACACCAGAAAUGCAGCCGAUUGACCUCAUCACAACCUCUCUCUAUGACCAAAUCAACGUCAAGGCCCACUGGACGCCGGAACUGUCAGACACGAUGAAGAACUGGACUCACUUCGCCUACGACUUGGUCAGAGGAAUCUAUUUCCCAGAAAUCCACUACGAUUACACAGUUCAGAACGCUGAGUCUGAAGUCAUCAUUGACGCCCAUAGAUGUCUGGAAACAAAAGAAUGGCACAUCCACACCACCAAAGAACGUGAGGUGUCCGUUCUCGAGAACGUGAGGGCUCCUUACAUAGUCGACGUCUUCACGGCCCCCGCCCCUGCAGGAGAGACUCUUCAGUACAACCUCCUCAACGGAAGGGAAAACCAAGCUUGCGUCAUCACUCACAACAAGGUUCGCACCUUCGACGGCGUCGAGUUCCCUUACACUCCUGAAGUAUGCUGGCACGUGGUCACCAUGGAUAUCACCGAACUGGUGACGGGCACCCUCGAGGUUCGCCUCCAGGAUGGCCAAUGGGAGGGUCGGUGGCUGAGCCCCAACGACGGUCUCAUGGUGGAGAUCACCACGACCUCGAUCAGGGUCAACGGCGAGGACUACACGGAGGACGACAGAUUCGACGUCGUCUUCACCAGCGACGGGGUCGUCAUCCGUGGCAGCUUACUUACGGGUACCACCUUGAAAAUGACCAACGAUGCCAUCUAUCUUCUCGAGGACGAAUUCUUCAGAUCGAAGCUCGGUGGUCUGUGCGGUAACUUCGACGGAGAGAGGUCCCAAGAUCUGAUAGGUCCCAAGGGCUGCGUUUACACGAACCCGGACCUCUUCGUGAAGGCCUGGACAACUCCUGGGGAAGGAUGCAGUGGUUUCAACUACCUGGGCAAGAAGCGGCCUGUGGAAGCCUACCAGGGGGCUUGCCCUACCGUGUCUCAUCCUCCAACUGGGCUCACCUACCCUGAUAUAAUCGCAGACCCGUGCACUACUUGGAAUUACAUCGAGAAGGUCGUUGGAGACAGGAAAUGCAGGUCUUUGGCCCCUGUGCCCCAGUGUGAAUCUGGUUGUCAUCCUGCUCACAGAGAAACAAUUCAAGUCAAAUACGACUGUGAACUGGUACCAGAGGCGAAGGACUGCGCUCCCAAGUGCUACCUAGACACAAUGGAAACAGUGGUCGAGCCCUACUGCGUCAGAGGUUAAGUAGGAGAGCUGAUGGGGAAAAGGACCUACGUAGCGUCUCGCCAUAGGUCAUUACGCCACUUGAAUUAUGCUAUAAACUUCCGUCGUCCCAAACUUUCAUUCCUCUUCCUUUUCUCUUUCGUUUUGACGCAUCCUUCGUUUCAUUUAUUUGUCCGUGAAGUGAAUAUCUUUCCGUAACUUUCCAUGUCCUCCCCAUUUCUUCCCUGUCUGCUGAAUUCAUAGCCACCUCUUCUCAAGUUUUUAGUUACUACAAUAGCGAUGUGAAAAACAAAAUAUCAAGAACAUUACAAGUGGUGGACAAUGUGAUAUGUUUUUGUGAUCGUUGCGUUCUUUAGCUUUUGCUCAAGUUUAAGCAAAGAAUUGUCUGCUCACCUAACAAUAAAGACAACUUUCUAAAAAAAAAA